AGAUGCUGCGUUUAAGUUGGUAUGAUAUAUAGACUGUCUGUGUAUUGUAAUGCUGCAUAUCCUCUUAUUGGCUUCCAUUACCUUUGUAACCAUAUGUACAAGGUUGUACAGAAUAGAAUUCCCUAACUAUGUUACUUGGGAUGAGACUCAUUUCGGAAAGAUGGCGGGUCUUUAUAUGAACAGAACUUUCUUCUUUGAUGUUCACCCUCCACUUGGGAAGAUGAUCAUUGCUUUCACAGGAUACCUGUCUGGUUACAAAGGUGUCUUCCCAUUCUCAAAUCCAGGAGAUCCUUACUACAGUGCUGAUGGUAACUUACUUGCUCCAUAUAUCACCAUGCGUGCUGUUUGUGCAAUCAUUGGAUGUCUUGUAGUUCCUGUGUGUUUCAUGAUCUCCACCUCUCUGUGUGGGAGAAUAUCUGCAGCUCUUUUAACUUCUGUUUUCCUGUUCAUUCAACCGCAGGUAUUUGACACUGGCAUGAUCACUAUAUCCCAAUACAUCCUACUCGAUCAAAUCUUAUUAUUCUUCAUCUCAUGUUCUGUAUGCUGUGCUGUUAAAAUGAAUGAAUGCCAAGGAAGGCUGGCUUUAAUUUCAAAAGGCAAAAACAUUGAUGGAAGUUUUUCACCCACGUGGUGGUUAUGGUUGGUAUUCACUGGUGUAAGUCUCGGUUGCGCAAUAUCUGUUAAGCUGGUUGGUUGUUUCACCAUGUUGUUCGUUGGUAUGUGGACUGUGGUUGAUCUAUGGAAUCUACUGGGGGAAGUUGAGCUUGUUUCCAUGAUAUAUUUCACCAAGCAUCUUCUUGCGCGCGUGGUAGGUCUCAUAAUCACACCAACCAUCAUCUAUAUAUCAGUGUUCUAUCUACACCUUGAUAUCCUACAUUACACUGGAGGUGCAGAGAUUUUCUUUAGCACUUCUUUCCAAGCUACUCUGGAAGGCAGUGCCAUGUACAACACCAGUAUACCCGCUCAUGUUUCUGUUAAUUCAACUGUGGCUUUAAGAGCUAUGGAUUAUGAAAAGGAGUUUCUUCAUUCGCACGCUUACAAUUAUCCCGAUGUAACUUUACAACAGGUCACUGGAUAUGCUUACCGAGAUCAAAACAACUGGUGGAAAAUAACAAGAGUGAAUAAUACAAAUGAGCCUUACAUAAGAGAUGGGGAUAUUGUCCAUCUUACACAUGCUUCCACUAUGAAACGACUCACCAUUUCUAAAUCCUCAUACAAUGCAUGGAUGACUGCUUUUGUAAGUAAACAACAUUUGAUGAUGUCAGCAUUUGAACCGACCAAUCAGAACACACCAGGUGCAGACCAAUGGAAAGUUGAAUUAAAAGGUGCAAAUAAUGGUGAUGAUAAAGUGUGUGCUUUGGAUUGUGGAUUGAAACUUGUCAAUGUAGUUGUUGGGUGUUGUGUUCAUUUAAGUGAAUAUGAAUUACCUGAAUGGGCUGCUAGGCAAAGAGAGAUAACUUGCACUAUGGAUAAAAAAUCUCAAGAUCGCUGUUUGUUUUCAGUUGAGACAAGAACAGAUAAUGUUAAUGGUGUCCCAUUAACUACACCUACCAUGAACUUUAUAGAAAAGUUUAUUGAAUCUCAUAAAGUAAUGUUGUUUAUGAAUAAUAAGAUUAAACCAGUUCGAGGUGAACGAACUUCCAAGGCCUGGUAUUGGCCCAUCAGUUACGAGGGUCAAAUGUUUUCAAAGAAUGAAGACAAGAUAAUGCUUAUUGGAACACCACUGGUUUGGCACCUUAAUUGUAUCAUGUUUGUUGUCUUUGGCUGUUUAUAUUUUAUAACUUACGUGCUUAAAACACGAGGAUAUGUCAUUCAAGGUGUUAAUAAUGGUAAAGUAGAUAGUUAUAACCUUAAGCAAACCAUGUAUGUUACAUACCAAGCAUGUACAUGGUGUCUAUUAGGUUGGUUUAUCCAUUACGCUCCAUUCUUUCUAAUAAAAAGAGUUUUAUAUUUGCACCAUUACUUUCCUGCACAUAUUUUCGCUUGUUUAUUAUCAGGAAUUUUACUCGAUUUUUUAUUCCACACUUUUUCCCAGUUAUUAUCUCAGCAUUAUACUGUGAGUAGAGGUCUACUUCACACCUCACUGUCGAUGUUAAUAGGUGCUCUUGUGGUACAGAAUUUUUAUUUACAUCAAGAAAACUGUUACGGACGAUACACAUAGUACAUAAGUGACGUUAUAGUCGGUUAUUGUUACAACAUAUGUUUAAACUGCUACACAACAUAUGGUGCCACUGAUCAAAGAUUUUGUUUUAUUUAUAUGUAUUUUCCACUGUUGCAAUGCUAAUGGUAUCCAGAUGAUGAUAUUUUGUGCAAUAAAUGAACAAUCAUACAA